AUGACUUCGCAGGCGAAGGUGGUGUUAUUGGCUUGUGGUUCGUAUAACCCAGUCACUAACAUGCACCUUAGAAUGUUUGAAAUCGCAAGAGAUGCUCUACAUAGAACAGGAAGGUACCAAGUAAUAUCUGGAGUUAUGUCACCUGUCGGUGACGGCUACAGUAAGAAAGACCUUGUACCAUCAAAACAUCGCUGUGAAAUGUUGAAAGCUGCUUUAAAAAGUUCAGACUGGAUCAAGAUGGAUACAUGGGAAUGUACGCAAAGUACUUGGUCCACAACUGCAAAAGUCCUCCGCCACCAGAAACAACAGCUAGAGUUUCUAAACAACUCAACACACAAGCCUUCACCAUCAAAACGGAGAAGAAGGCAACAUAACUCUGUAUCCGAUAUACAAGAGAAUCAAGUUCCACAAAUAGACAUAGAAGGGGACCACGUACCAAAUAUCAAACUGCUGUGUGGAGCUGAUUUACUAGAAUCUUUUGCUGUUCCUGGUCUGUGGGAGGAGGAAGAUAUUGAGUACAUAGUUGGUACACAUGGUCUGGUUGUAAUCACCAGGUACGGCUCUGAUCCGCUGAAAUUUAUUUAUGAAUCGGACAUUUUAACCAAAUUUCAAGAAAACAUAUUUAUAGUGACUGAAUGGAUUUACAAUGAUAUCAGCUCAACAAAAGUUAGGAGAGCAUUACGUCGUGGUGAAAGUGUGAAAUAUGUACUGCAAGAUUCUGUGAUAGACUACAUUCGAGAACAUCAUCUGUAUGGUGUUCCUGAUAAUAAGUACAUCAAUCACAUGAUGCCAUCUCCUAAUCAAGAAGGUAAUACAGAAGCAGAAGAGAAAGAUUCUAAUUCAGGGGAAAUAAGUGUUGUCCUCAGAUCAAGUCAAGACAGCUACAGUUCUCUGCACUUGCCUCUGCACCGCAUGUCGACCAAUCUGGAUAAAAGAUCUCCAGCUAAAGGAACAGUAUCCGGCAGAGUUCCCUGUUUCACAGAUAUCGGCAUGUUGGUAAAAAGAGUAAAAAAUGUCCGUGUUGGGUUCACACCAGAAACUUGUGUUUAA